GUUAUUCAAUAUAAAUAGCCUUCAAAACAACACACGAGAUUCAUCUUUCUUGGUUAUUACACUAUUGUGAACAAGAAAUGAGAGUUUUGGAGGAGAAUUGUGAAGGUAUGAUAGUAUCAUUAGACACAAUAAGAUCAGUUCCGGCUCCAUUUCUUUCAAAAACAUAUGAAUUAGUAGAUGAUCCAACAACUGAUCAUAUUGUAUGUUGGGGUCAACAUGAGUCUACCUUCAUUGUUUGGCGUCCUUCUGAGUUUGCUCGUCAUCUUCUUCCUAAUUACUUCAAGCACAGCAAUUUCUCCAGCUUUGUUCGCCAGCUCAACACAUAUGGUUUUAGAAAGAUAGUUUCAGACAGAUGGGAGUUUGCAAAUGAGUACUUCAAAAGAGGACAAAAACACUUAUUAUGUGAAAUCCACCGUAGAAAAACAGGCCAAAUUCAACAAAGCACAAACAUUAAUUUUAGUAAUAACACCAAUAAUAUGCUAUCAUACAGGCGUUGCCUGAGCCUUUCUCCACCACCAAACACUGCAGAAUCAGACUGUUCUCUGCCAUUAUCAACACCCAAAUCGUAUGUCCAUACACUGAUCACAACCCUAUCAGAAGACAAUGAAAAACUACGUCGUUCCAAUACUAUGCUCAUGUCUGAAAUUACCCACAUGAAAAAACUGUAUAAUGAUAUUUUUAAUUACUUUGUUCAUAACUAUAAUAGUUUAAAGUCUGUUUCUUACCCAUCUGUUGGGAUUUCUUCAAAUUUAGAUCAGUUUGUUAAGAAAUCAGGUAAUGUGGAUGAUGAUGAACGUAAUAGUAACAGUUGCAAGACAAAGAUAUUUGGUGUUGCCAUUGCUAUGCAAUCAAAGAAGAGAUUACAUUCUGAAUUCUGAUAAAAAAUCAGACGAUUGAGACUUGAGAGAUUUGUUGGAAAAGAGCCAAAGGAAAAAGAUUCACCUGACCCGUAUUAAAUUAUGUAAAGUAUCUAUGAUAUCUUAGGGUCUCAAUCACAAGCUUAAACUUUUGAUUGAGUUGAUUUCUUGACAUGAUAUCGAAUUUUGAUUGAAUUGGUUCAUUCACAUAUUAUCACCUUCUUUGGAUAUUGAAUAGGGAAGUGGAAUUUGUCUUUUUUGUUGUAGGGUACUAUAAAAGGGUGAAGGUUAGCAUGUGAGUAAAUUAGUAUAAUAAAUCCAAUGUAUGCCUUUUUAUGUACAUAUUGAUCAAGUAAAAGUCUUGGAUUACGGUAUGGACUUGGUCUAUAUAAAAUUAUUGUGCAUUUUGUUCGUUUAAAGAAUAAAAUCAAAUGAUUUAGGUAAAAAUGAGAGAAUAUUAAAAAAAUGCAC